AUGCCGUCUUUCUACAACUCUGGCCUUCAUGGCCUGCCGCCCACUCCGCCUCAUCUGCACGGAAACGGCAAAAUGGAGCCUGAUCUUCCAUUCUACGUCACUGGCCAACCGAACUUCCCUCCACGUUACUCCCAGACAGGCUGCGAAUUCAUCGAGCAAUACUCCCAGGCAUCCUGCUUCGGCAAAUCCGCUGCGAUAAAUUCUCUCCCACAGACAAUGACAUCUGUUCGAGGCGGUCGCGACUUCCCUGCACUCCAACAACAGCAUUUAACCCAACCGCAACUAGGAGGUGCGCAGUCACUCUACGGAGCCGUACCAACCCUACCUCCGAUCCGGUCGAACAUUCACCUGCCGCUCACCAAUGAUACCGCUGUUCCACCGCAGUAUCGUCGUCAAGAUGUUCAUGUCCCAGCAGAGCCGCGGGUCAAGGAGGAAAAACCCACCGGAGGAGUUGCCGCUCACCUCGACUACGAGAUGGAUCAGAUGUCAGACUUCGUUGCCGAAAUGGCCCAGGGAAUGUAUGCAUUGUACAGCUCCGGAAUCAAUCUAGAUGAUAUUGACUUGCUUGGAAGCGUCUACCCAGGACAGACAAUUAUACCCCCUCCGUUUCGGAAAUAUGUGCACCAGAUUCUUUCUUCCACUCGCCUCCCCAGUUCGACUAUUCUGCUAGGCCUUUUCUACUUGGCGACCAGGAUGCGUAUGCUCUCGGCGAAGGGAGUCUACGCAACUGGCACUGGGCAAGUGUACAGGAUGUUGACGACAGCCCUGCUACUGGGUAGCAAGUUCCUGGACGACAACACCUUUCAGAACCGUUCGUGGGCCGAGGUUAGCAACAUUUCCGUGUCCGAACUUAAUUCGAUGGAGCUGGAUUGGCUCUUUGCCUUCGAGUGGAAGAUCCAUGAACGUAUUCACAACAAAAAAGACGGCUUUGGUGUCUGGUUGGCCCGUUGGGAAAACUACCGGGCGUCCAUCACUACGCGUAGCAACGAAGUUCGUCAAAAAUUAUCCCCGAUUGAUACUAACAUCGCGAGGCAACUCACCAUUUCCAAGCCACUUAUGUCUCCCGAUGGCCCGAUCCCACCGCAGUAUCAACGAAGUAACGCGUACGAGAGCACCUGGUUGAAUCCGACUGCCUGUGAAUACUCACCCCCAUCCGCUCCGCACAGUGGCCCAAACACUCCAGAGUAUUACAGCGGAGCCGCGUGGAUGUACACCAAUCCUCCACCCCCGUAUACGCGCUCAUGGGCCUCCCAAGCAGACUAUACGCCAUAUUCCCAUCAUCCCCGUUCACAGCCACCAUCGUACCACCAUACACCGGUCUACACUGCGCCCAUGAGCAAUUCAGUUUGGACUGGUCAUGGCUCUUCCUGCGGCUGCGCCUACUGCUUGAAGCAUCAGGACCAUUAUUUUGGCGGUAACACUUUUGGGGUCCUUCAACCUAUAGUCGCUGGUUAA